AAGCAGUCUUCAAAACAAUUGUUGUCUUCAGUUUACGUGCGGAAGCAUGUUUUGAAUCUGUCAAUUGUUUUAUUAUAGUAAACACUGCAACGAAAAUGCAUGGCUUUUCGUUUAGAGUCAGCUCACGAGAAAAGUAAAUAACCUACCAUGGCAUCGGAAACGGCCCAGGUUAGUUCACUGCCAUUACCACCGGUCCAGUACAUCAGCCAAUACACAGAUGAAAACAUUCGAAGAGGACGUGCCCCAAGACCACCACCACCAAUACAUGACAAUUAUUCCAUGUUUGGUAACCCAUUCACUGCAGAAGACGUCAUUAUCCGGCCAUUGGAAAGUCAGGGUAUCAAACGCCUGUACCCGCAGCACUUUGAUCGCCGACGAGAACUGAGAAAGUUGAACCAUUCACUUCUUGUGAAUUUUCUGGACCUUCUCGAUUUGCUCGUCCAGUGUCCAGAGUCACCUCGCAGAGCGGAGAAGGUUGAAGAUUUAAGUCUACUCUUUAUUCACAUUCAUCACUUGCUAAAUGAAUUCAGACCUCAUCAGGCACGAGAGACGCUUAGAGUAAUGAUGGAACUGCAGCGUCGGCAACGGAUUGAAACAGCUCAACGGUUUCAAAAACAUCUGGAGAAGGUGAUGGAGAUACUACAGCAGGCGUUACAAAUGCUUCCUGAUAACAGUGAAACAGACUCAAAGUUGCUGGUACCCACUGAGCUGUUUGAGAAUAUGGACACUUCAAACAAGGAAGAUUCUGACAAAGAAUCAUGCAAUCCUCUUGACAGACUCAUGUGUGAGAUAGUAGAUUCUAUGUGAAGUCUUUGAAGUCAUUUCAGUGCUCAGAUCAAUGGAUGUUCAGACUAAGUUAUAUUGUUCAGUUUAUGAUAAGAUAAAAUACUCUUGUGGAACAGGAUGGAUACAAUGCAAGUAAAUGUAACAUAUCAAUAUAAAACUUUUAUUCACAAUUGUGUACAUAAAUCAUUUGAGUUACAGUUAGGUUGUAUGAACAUUGGUUUUCUAUGAAAAAAAAAAAUUAUGUGUUAGGUAUGGGUUGACUCACCUUAUAAACAAUAUGGCAGUCCUCAGAAAUGCUAAGAAAGAAAAUCAUAAUUUAACAUAUAACAUAUACGGGGAUGCCAUAUGGACAACAGUGUUUUGCUAUAUCAAUAAAGAAAGAUAUUAAUUGCAUUUCA